GUUCCUCGCCGCCUGACUUUGCCCAAACUCGUCCCUUUGAAGUUCCUUUAAACGCGGGUCUCACGGCGGGCCCCCACACACGAUGUAAUCUUCGUCUUUUUCGCGUAACUUUGGCUUACUACAUGACAGAAACUACAGAGGAAAUUAUUUAUGGGGAUGGGAAUUAUGGGGAACACAAGGUAAAGCGACUCAAAUCUGUAAAAGAUGAAGGUAUGACAUCCAGUAACAAUGACGACAUAGACACCAUUUAUGGUGCGCUGGUAGUUCUUGGUUACAAUGGUUCUCUGCUGGAUGGAGAACACCAGCGACGUCACCGAAGCUCGUUUAUUUUGCGAAAGAAAGGAUCCCCCUCAGGAGUGCAACCCUACAAAUUGCACCUGGCUUCUUCUAACACUGGAAUGCAGAUUGUAAAUUCUGAAGCCCAUAGUGUCUCGUACACUCUCUCCCGUGGUAAUGCAGUUGUUGUUGAGUAUCGGAGGGAUUCAGAUACUGAUAUGUUUCAGAUUGGCCGUUCUGCUGAUUCUAAGAUAGACUUUGUGGUAACUGACACAGCUCCUGGAAAUAAACGUCGUGAUUUGAACCCAGAAACGCAGAAAAGUACCAUUUCCAGAUAUGCUUGUCGCAUUGUCAUUGAUAGAGAACCACCGUACACUGCUAGGGUGUUUGCAGCUGGUUUUGAUAAAUCUAGCAAUAUAUUUCUUGGAGAAAAAGCUCCCAAGUGGCAAAAUGAAGAAAAUUUAAUGGAUGGUCUGACGACCAAUGGCAUUCUGCUCAUGAAUCCCAAGGGAGGUUCUUCUUGCCAGCCCACAAUAUGGCGUGAAAUAUCAGUAUGUGGGAAUGUGUAUGGACUUCGUAGAACACGAUCCACCACUGAGAAAGGGAAGACUGUUGAAGAUGAGUCCAAUGUUUUACUUGAUGGAUCAUUGAUUGAUCUUUGUGGAGCUGUUUUGCUGUGGAGAUCCGCUGAAGCUAUAAAGGAAAUGCCUACCCUGGAAACAAUUGACAAAAUGAGGGAAUGCCUAAAUGCCUCUCGCCCUCAGUGUCCUGUUGGUCUCACAACAUUAAGAUUUCCCAGUCAAUCUGAGCCCUCUAGCAGUGUGAUCAAUGCACAGCCAUAUGUGUACCUCAAGUGUGGGCAUGUACAUGGUCUUCAUUCAUGGAAUUCACCAGAGAGAAAUCUUGCUGAUAAAAGAACCUGUCCAGUUUGUUUACAGGCCAGCUCUUAUGUGCCACUAACUCUUGGAAAAGAACCGGCUUUCUAUCAGGGAGAGCCUGCAGCUACACAUGCUUUUGUGCCAUGUGGACAUGUUUGCUCUGAGGAAACAGUCAGGUUUUGGCAACAAUUGCCCAUUCCUCAUGGAUGUGAUGCCUUUCAGGCCAUCUGUCCUUUCUGCGCUCAGCCCCUGGAGGGUGAAGAUGGCUUUGUCAAACUUAUCUUCUCAACUGAUGAAUAACAUUGUAAAUAAAAGAUCUCUAAAAAAAAAGUAUAACAAUAAAUGGUGUACAGCCUCACUGUAGCAUUUAGUCUCUAUUGACACUAGCUUGCCUAAAUUGAUAACUGAUUAAUUUAUUUAUAAAAAAAAUAUAGCUGAAGAUGUAUCAUUGUAAUUAUUAUUAUUAUUAUAACUUGUCAGCUGUCUCUUUUCUGUUUGGAUGCAGCGAUUAUUUUACAAAGGAGUCAUAUUUUAAAAGCCACUUAAUUAAAUGUGU